AGUAUAUUUAGUUUAAUUUACUAUUUAUAGCUAAUACCAUUUAAUUUUAUACUGUUAGCUAUAUCAUUAUAGCUACAAUUUUAUAACACUUGACAUAUACUAUAGAUUGCAUAGACAUAAACAUGAUUAGGAGGAGAGAAAUAAUCCCCAACGUUUUUAUAACCACAAAGAGAUAUAUUAGUAAUGAAUCAAGUAAGAAAGGUGCUAAAAGAUUCAUGCAAACUAUCCCUAUAACAGGUAGUGGUAAAAGUUUGAAUAAUGGAUUUUAUUCCGGAUUAAUAGGUACAGGAGAAAAGUCUACUAGUGAAGCAGGAUCAAAUAUAUUAUCUAAAUGGUCGUCUCAUAAGUUAACAUUUCCUGUAGAAGAAAAGACUUCAACUACACAGCCUCCAUUGAGAAGAUCUAGAAACUCAAGGUUUGCGGCAAAGACAUUGACUACGAAUGAAAUCGAUAAUGGAGUCAUUGAAAUUGAAUCUCCUAAAGCUAUGUCUGCGCCAAUUUCACAACCAGUUAAUACCGAUACAUCUGCUGCAGCUAUUCCAACUAUUACCACAACUACAACCACCACCCCACCUAAGAAGAGAAGAACCUUACGACCAAGAAAAGCUUUAAUCACUUUAACCCCAAGUGCUACUGAACAUUUGACUGCAUUAUUAAAUCAACCAAAUCCGAAAUUAAUUCGUAUUGGAGUAAGAAAUAGAGGUUGCUCUGGAUUAACUUAUCAUUUAGAAUAUGUUGAUGAACCAGGUAAAUUUGAUGAAACAAUUGAACAAGAUGGAGUCAAAGUCUUAAUUGAUUCAAAGGCAUUAUUUUCUAUUGUAGGGUCAGAAAUGGACUGGUUGGACGAUAAAUUAUCAUCAAGAUUUAUUUUUAAAAAUCCAAAUUCCAAAGGAACUUGUGGAUGUGGUGAAUCGUUUAUGGUAUGAUACUUAAAUUAAUCGAUGAUCUUGUAAUGACCCCCCUACAUAUUUAAUGAAGAAUAUAGAAUGCAUUUUUAGCAUAGAUUAUAGCAUAUACACAAUUAUUUAAUGAAAAUUCAUGAUAUUUA